CAGUUCUGUUGACCCUACUGUCUUCUCUGCAGAACUGACCGAGCCAUCAUGGAGGUGGCUGAGACGGAAAGUCCUCUGAACCCCAGCUGUAAGAUAAUGACCUUCAGACCCUCCAUGGAGGAGUUCCGGGAGUUCAACAAAUACCUUGCAUACAUGGAGUCUAAAGGAGCCCAUCGAGCAGGUCUUGCAAAGGUGAUUCCUCCUAAGGAGUGGAAGCCAAGACAGUGCUAUGAUGACAUUGAUAAUUUGCUCAUUCCAGCACCAAUUCAGCAGAUGGUCACAGGGCAGUCAGGACUGUUCACUCAGUACAACAUCCAGAAAAAAGCGAUGACCGUAAAGGAGUUCAGGCAGCUGGCCAACAGUGGCAAAUACUGUACUCCAAGAUACUUGGAUUACGAAGAUUUGGAACGCAAGUACUGGAAGAACUUGACUUUUGUGGCCCCCAUCUAUGGUGCAGAUAUUAAUGGGAGCAUAUAUGAUGAGGGUGUAGAUGAAUGGAACAUAGCUCGCCUGAAUACAGUCUUGGAUGUGGUUGAAGAAGAGUGUGGCAUUUCUAUUGAGGGUGUAAAUACCCCUUAUCUCUAUUUUGGCAUGUGGAAGACCACAUUUGCAUGGCACACCGAGGACAUGGACCUCUAUAGCAUUAAUUAUCUCCACUUUGGAGAGCCCAAGUCUUGGUAUGCUAUACCUCCAGAGCAUGGAAAACGACUUGAAAGACUAGCUCAAGGUUUUUUCCCAAGCAGCUCCCAAGGGUGUGAUGCGUUUCUUCGCCACAAGAUGACAUUGAUUUCUCCAUCAGUAUUGAAGAAAUACGGUAUUCCCUUUGACAAGAUAACUCAGGAGGCUGGAGAAUUCAUGAUCACUUUCCCAUAUGGCUACCAUGCUGGUUUUAAUCAUGGUUUUAACUGUGCAGAAUCUACGAAUUUUGCUACUGUCAGAUGGAUCGACUAUGGAAAAGUUGCCAAAUUGUGCACUUGCAGAAAAGACAUGGUGAAAAUUUCAAUGGAUAUCUUUGUGAGGAAAUUUCAGCCAGACAGAUAUCAGCUUUGGAAACAAGGAAAGGACAUAUACACCAUUGAUCACACGAAGCCUACUCCAGCAUCCACCCCUGAAGUAAAAGCAUGGCUGCAGAGGCGGAGGAAAGUAAGAAAAGCAUCCCGGAGCUUCCCGUGUGCUAGGUCUACCUCUAAAAGGCCUAAGGCUGAGGAGGAAGAGGAAGUGUCAGCUGAAGUCAGUGGGGCAGAGGUCCCUAACGCUGACUCAGGCACAGAUGACCUCAAGGUCAGUGAAAAGCCUGAAGAAUCAGCGAAGCUGAGGAACACAGAAGUACCUUCAGAAGAAGAGGACUCUGCUAGCAGCAUGCAGGUGGAUCAGAAUUUACCUGAUCAUAUGAAACUCUCAGGAAGCAGCUGCUUAAGUAUAUCGGUAACAGAAGAUAUAAAAACUGAGGAUGACAACACUUAUGCAUAUAGAAGUGUACCUUCUAAACCCAAUGAGGCUGAUGAUUCCAUUCCAUUAUCUAGUGGCUAUGAGAAGCCCAAGAAAUCAGACUCACCCAAGCUGUCAUGGCCAAAAUCACCUGAGUCAUGCUCAUCGGUGGCAGAGAGUAAUGGUGUGUUAACAGAGGGAGAAGAGAGUGAUGUGGAGAGUCAUGGGAAUGGCCUUGAACCUGGGGAAAUCCCAGCGGUCCCCAGUGGAGAGAGAAAUGGCUUCAAAGUUCCCAGUGUAUGUGGCAAUAUCCAUUUUUACCAUAUUCAUUAUAUGAUAACAGAGGGAGAGAACAAAACCUCUAAGAGUUGGCGCCAUCCACUUAGUAUGCCUCCAGCAAGAUCCCCGAUGACUCUUGUGAAGCAGCAGGCGCCAAGUGAUGAAGAAUUGCCUGAGGUUCUGUCCAUUGAGGAGGAAGUGGAAGAAACAGAGUCUUGGGCGAAGCCUCUCAUCCACCUUUGGCAGACGAAGUCCCCUAACUUCGCCGCCGAGCAAGAGUAUAAUGCAACAGUGGCCAGGAUGAAGCCACACUGUGCCAUCUGCACUCUGCUCAUGCCGUACCACAAGCCAGAUAGCAGCAAUGAAGAAAAUGAUGCUAGAUGGGAGACAAAAUUAGAUGAAGUCGUUAUGUCUGAAGGAAAGACUAAGCCCCUCAUACCAGAGAUGUGUUUUAUUUAUAGUGAAGAAAAUAUAGAAUAUUCUCCACCCAAUGCCUUUCUUGAAGAGGAUGGAACAAGUCUUCUGAUUUCCUGUGCAAAGUGCUGUGUACGGGUUCAUGCAAGCUGUUAUGGUAUUCCUUCUCAUGAGAUCUCUGAUGGAUGGCUGUGUGCUCGGUGCAAAAGAAAUGCAUGGACAGCAGAAUGCUGUCUCUGCAAUUUGAGAGGAGGUGCUCUUAAGCAAACUAAGAACAACAAGUGGGCCCAUGUCAUGUGCGCUGUUGCGGUCCCAGAAGUUCGAUUCACUAAUGUCCCAGAAAGGACACAAAUAGAUGUAGGCAGAAUACCUUUACAGAGGUUAAAAUUGAAAUGCAUCUUCUGCAGACACCGGGUUAAGAGGGUCUCUGGAGCCUGCAUCCAGUGUUCCUAUGGUCGCUGCCCGGCCUCCUUCCAUGUCACUUGUGCCCAUGCUGCUGGGGUACUGAUGGAGCCUGAUGAUUGGCCUUAUGUUGUGAACAUCACAUGCUUUCGACAUAAGGUCAACCCCAAUGUGUUCACAGCACAAAGUAAGCACUCAAAAAAUGAAAGUUGUAUUGCUACUACUGCUUCUACUACUGCUGCUGCUGCUGGUGCUACAAUCUUAUGUGAACUGGGCCACAAAUCCAAGGCUUGUGAGAAGGUCAUUUCUGUGGGUCAGACGGUCAUCACAAAGCAUCGGAACACCCGGUAUUACAGUUGCAGAGUGAUGGCUGUGACAUCGCAGACCUUCUAUGAGGUCAUGUUUGAUGAUGGCUCCUUCAGCAGAGACACAUUUCCUGAGGAUAUUGUGAGCCGAGACUGUCUGAAGCUGGGCCCUCCUGCUGAGGGAGAAGUCGUCCAAGUCAAGUGGCCUGACGGCAAACUCUACGGAGCAAAAUAUUUUGGAUCAAAUAUUGCCCACAUGUACCAGGUUGAGUUUGAAGACGGAUCCCAGAUAGCAAUGAAGAGAGAGGACAUCUACACGUUAGAUGAAGAGUUACCCAAGAGAGUGAAAGCUCGUUUUUCCACAGCCUCUGACAUGCGAUUUGAAGACACAUUUUAUGGAGCAGACAUUAUCCAAGGGGAGAGAAAGAGACAAAGAGUGCUGAGCUCCAGGUUUAAGAACGAAUAUGUGGCCGACCCUGUGUACCGCACUUUUUUGAAGAGCUCCUUCCAGAAGAAGUGUCAGAAGAGACAGUAGUCUCUGUACAUCGCGCAGGCAGCAGAGCGGCUUGGGUUGGAAGAGAGAAGAUGAAGGGACAACCUUGGGGCUGUGCCAUGAGUUUUGCUGGCACAGGUGAUGGGGCGUGUUUCUGACAGUGGUAAAUCAGGUUUCCAGAGUUUGGUCACCAAAAAUACAAAAUAUACAUUAUUAAUUGGAUGCCGCAAUCUGAAAUCAUCUCUUGUCUUACUUUCACUUGUGAGCAAUUGUCUUCUAUGAUCCCAAAGAAUUUUUCUAAGUGAAAGGAAAUACUAGUGAAUCACCCACUAGGAAAAGCCACUGCCACAGAGGCAGGUCCCCAUGUGCGGCCUUGCCCCUUGUCAGGAAACACACAGGGACCUCUCUCUCCAACUCCAGCAGGUGGCGCCUCGGUACCUGGCGGGGAGGGCGAUAAUUUAUAUAUUUUCCACAGUCAGGGAAGGACUCUCACUUAUUUGUUUUAAACAGCAGUUUUUAUAAAACAUUUUUAAAACACAAAUGGCAUGUAUGCUAAUGAGAUUUACCCAUGUGCUAUCUGUAUUUCCCUUGUACAGAACUUUUACAUUUUUAAAUAUUCCUAUUACUUUUGAUUGUGUCUGAUGGGAACUGAGUUGUUGGCCUUUGUGAAAUGAAACUUUUGGCUCUUGAGAAAGAAUUCUUAUGAAUUGUAUGCGAAUUUUAUAUAUUUAAAGAGGGAGAUCUGGGGCUGUUAUUUUUAAACACUUUUUUUCAUAAUACAUAUUCCGAGUAGAUAUUUAUAAAAUAUAUGUUUCUUUCAUUAUGUGUUUGUAAAAUUAGAGUUUAAAUAAAUAUGCUUUGAUGCAUAGUUUUGAACUAAUGUAACAUGAUUUUUUCUUUUUUAAAGCAGCCUGAAAAUGUACUAGUGUUUAAAAAUAAAGAUUUCCAUUUUCUCCA